AUGGGGCGGGAGGUGUCGGAGAGCUGCGUUGAUGGGGUGGUGAUGGAGAUGGUGGCUGCCUACUGCGGCCGCUUCUACGCCGCCAAGCCGGAGCUCGCCGCCGGUCGCAUUGAGGCCAUCGGCUUCCAGGUUGGCCAUCAACUCUCCGAGAGAUAUACGAUGGAGCGCCCUCGAUUUACUGAUCAUCUUGAGGCAAUCAAAUUUAUUUGCAAAGAUUUUUGGUCAGAACUGUUCAAGAAGCAGAUUGACAAUCUGAAAACAAAUCAUAGGGGCACCUUCGUUCUUCAAGAUAACCAUUUCCGGUGGCUUACUCGUGUUUCUCUAGAUCCAGCAGUAGAGAGCACUGAUGCAACUGAGAAUGACUCUGGGUCAUUAGGUGAUUCUGCAGCCCAAACAACAAGCAUGCUUUUAUAUUUCCCAUGUGGGUUAAUAAGAGGUGCUCUGACAAACUUGGGGAUUCCGUGUGCUGUCUCUGCAGACAUGUCAAACCUUCCAGCAUGUUCUUUCGUGGUGCGCAUAAAGACAUGA